UAGUGUGUAGAAUGUAUUUAUAAACAAAACGAAAGUUGAUUUCCCAGUAGGAGAAAAUGAAAAUGGAGCAUAUCACACUACUUAAGUAGACCAUUUGAUGAGAUAACCUCUGAGGUGUGUAUUGAUAAAUAUCAGCAACAGGCGUUUCUGAAUGGAGAACCACAAAAUGAAUUCUCUUUGCAACCAUCAUCAUUGUUAAAGAACGUAAGUAACGUCCUUGUCUGGAGUUCAACUUCUACAUUUUAGUGACGUCAUAUUCUGAAUGGGACAACCGUUUUAUAAAGUGAGCAGUGAUUGAAUGAAUCUGGAGGAUUGGGGAGGAACAUGGCUGUCAUUUAUAUGAUGGCGGUGUUUGUGAUCGUAAUAAUAUUAUUGUGGUAUUGGUGUACAUCAAUAGCUUUCAAAGAUGUAAAAUCGACGUGUUUCACAGACAGAGGUGGUAUUCUCAUCAUUUUGGAUGUGACUAUUGAUUCCAACUUUCCAAUAACGUCGAUACAACUUGUUAAGUCUGUAGAUCAAGGACAGUAUUCUGUAAUGGCAUACGUUGUUCCAAGGAAGAGGAAGAUAUGCAUCGUGGAUUUCUGCUGUUACUUGGAUUCCCAUGUUAUGUACAGGAUAGAGGUGGGUAAUGCUUUUGGGAUAUCGUCAACGGAACCGAUCCAUAUUAACCUGCUGCAAGAUUUGAAUUGUUUACCUCCUGGAAUGAAUAUCUUCUUUGAAAUUGACUCCUGUUCCAUUCCACUACCACCGAAACGAAUAUUUGACGAUCCAACAUACAUGGACAAAACUCUGAUCCGAACACCUAUAGUCCGCGAGGUACGUCAACUAAAUUCAGUUCGUCAAGUCACACUUGCAAGAUUGCUUUGUUCCAACUCACUAGACCAACGCAAUUCUAAGUCUGUUCGUCUUUACACAGGAUACAUGUGUGAAGUAGUAGUGACCGUGCCAUAAUAAACCUUCUCCAGCUAUCCCAACAGUCAAAGUGAUGAAAAUUACAAAGAACGAAAUUACAAAUAGAAAUAUUACAAAGAUAUAUACGAGGCAAAAACAUAAAUGAUGAAGGAAUUCACGUGCAUGUCCUUUAAGGUACAUAGAUAAAAGAGGUUUUUACUCAUCUUAGUCUCUUGAUUUCCAAAUCGUGUGUGCCAAGUUAGCUUAACAGUACAUUUGUCCUCCUCACAGGAUUAUGAGAUCGGAUCGUCAUCUUCACUUUUUCAUUCAAUGAUUUCAUUCAGUGUAUUGUAAUUACUCCCUGAAAAA